GAGGACAAGGGAGAGUGUAGGCUCCUUGGCCCUUUUUCGCUACUGGUGCAGGCCGCCCUCGGGGCUCUGGCGCUCUUGUCGCUAGUCUACAAGCGUUGGAGGGAGAGACCCCAACGACCUGUGAAGGUCUGGGCAUUCGAUGUUUCCAAGCAAGUCUUCGGCUCGGCCAUGUUGCAUCUGGCAAACCUUCUCAUGUCCAUGUUCUCGGCCGGCCAGUUCGAGAUUCAAAGCAAAUACAAGCCCAACCCAUGUUCUUUCUAUCUUCUGAACUUGGGGAUAGACACGACUCUAGGUAUCCCCAUCUUGAUCUUCAUCUUACACAUCUUGAAUCGCCUCGCCAUGUUUACUCCCCUUGCGAAUCCGCCAGAGUCUAUUGAGUCUGGAAAUUACGGUCGCCCGCCCCGCGCUUCCUGGUGGUUCAAACAGUCGAUGAUAUACUUCCUUGGAUUACUCGGGAUGAAGAUAUGUGUCUUCUUCAUCAUUCAACUGCUACCUUUUAUCGUCAAAGUGGGCGAUUGGGCUCUACGGUGGACAGAGGGUAAUACCGCUGUCCAAAUCAUAUUCGUGAUGCUUCUUUUUCCGGUUAUCAUGAACGCCAUUCAGUAUUACAUCAUCGAUACCUUUAUCAAGAAACCGCUCUCUCUGCCACAGGGCACCUCUGAAGAGGAGAUUGGCGGUGACCGAGUAGCCGAACAUGAUGACGAGCACCGUCGUGGACUGCUGGCCGGCCUGGAUGAUGAUAUCUCAUUCUCAGACGAUGACUCAGUGGGUAAAGGUAGAAAGGGGGCUGACUCGGAGAGCACUACACCAGGGAAGGAAGAUCUCGUACGAUUUGACUCGGUGGAGUAUAAUCCCGCGGCUCAUGGCGAAUGCAGUUCAGCAUCGUCAGCGACGGUGUCGGCCAGGUCUGGCAGUGAUCGUGAUGGGUUCGGAGGAUCAUCUCCGUCGAUCAAG